UCUGCUCACCACUUGCUGCCUUUACCCUUCUUAUCCUGUUACGGGACAGGAAAAGCGUUGUGCCUGCCCCUACCUGUUGGCAAAAAGCAAUGCCUGAAGAGAGUGCUUUACUAGAUCCUGACUGAGCUCCGGAUUGUGUUUGCUACAAGAACAGAGCUGGGGUGGAUGAAAAACUGGGGAUUAAAAUUAAAGGGUAACAUGAACCAUGGAGCUGAGGUGAAUUCUCGAAACUCCAGCAAGAACAAAGGGUAUAAGAUGUCGGCGCUGCAGAAACUGGAGAGUCUGGCAGGACGGAUCUUUUACUGGGGGCCGCGAAGUGAUGCAGGGGCACCCGAUUGCGGAGAGGCUGCCCAUGAAUCGGAGCACACUGCAGUCUGGAAUGAACAGAUGAAGGAGUUUCUUGCCAAAGCCAAAGAAGAGUUCCUCAAGAAAUGGGAGAACCCAGCUCAGAACACGGCCAGCCUGGAUCAGUUCGACCGGCUCAAGACCCUAGGUACAGGCUCGUUUGGGCGGGUGAUGCUCGUGAAGCACAAGGAGACUGGGAAUUACUUUGCCAUGAAAAUCCUUGACAAGCAGAAAGUUGUUAAGCUGAAGCAGAUUGAGCAUACCCUCAAUGAGAAGCGCAUACUCCAGGCUGUGAAUUUCCCAUUCCUUGUCAGGCUAGAGUAUUCUUUCAAGGAUAACUCGAAUCUGUACAUGGUGAUGGAAUACAUCCCAGGUGGUGAGAUGUUCUCCCACCUACGACGGAUUGGCAGGUUCAGUGAACCUCAUGCCCGGUUCUACGCCGCUCAGAUUGUACUGACUUUUGAGUACCUGCACUCACUAGAUCUCAUCUACCGCGACUUGAAGCCUGAGAAUCUCCUCAUUGACCAGCAGGGCUACAUUGAGGUGACAGAUUUUGGCUUUGCCAAGCGAGUGAAAGGCCGAACAUGGACCCUCUGUGGGACUCCAGAAUAUCUGGCUCCUGAAAUAAUUCUGAGCAAGGGAUAUAACAAAGCUGUGGACUGGUGGGCCCUGGGUGUCCUCAUCUAUGAAAUGGCAGCUGGCUAUCCCCCAUUCUUCGCAGACCAGCCCAUUCAAAUCUAUGAGAAAAUUGUCUCCGGGAAGGUUCGUUUCCCAUCUCACUUCAGCUCAGACCUGAAGGAUCUCUUGCGUAACUUGCUCCAGGUAGACCUCACCAAACGCUUUGGCAACCUCAAAAAUGGAGUCAAUGACAUCAAGAACCACAAGUGGUUUGCUACCACUGAUUGGAUUGCUAUCUACCAACGGAAGGUGGAAGCUCCCUUUAUACCAAAGUGCAAAGGCCCCGGCGACACAAGCAACUUUGAUGACUACGAAGAAGAGGAGAUCCGGGUGUCCAUCACUGAAAAGUGCGCCAAGGAGUUUUCAGAAUUUUAGGGCCAGCCCCCCCCCCCCCCCCGCUUUGUGUGCCCAUGAAAGGAAGGGCUGGAUUUGAUCAGUCCCAAGGGCCAGAGUUCCUUGCCUAUAGGUUAAUUUUGGGAGGUGGGAGAGUGUUGGGGUUCACCUGGAUCAGUUUGGGCAGAAGAGAGAAGGGGGAGUUCAUUUUGAAGCUGUGGAAAAGGCAGUAUUCUGAGUGCCAUCUAUCCAGCUCCCACCGCAAGCUACAAGGUGGCUCCCAGCCACUCUCAGGCAGGUUUUAAACAAAUUCCCUUCCUCCUCACACUGACUCCAACCCAUACACAAAUCCUAAUCGGACAGUCUUCUCCUGGUUUAUUGGUGGCUUUUUCUUUUUCCUUUUUGUCUUUUUCGUCUUUUUUUUUUUUUAGGGGAAAGGGGAUAUUUUGCAAUUCAUCACCACCUAUAAAAGUUUGGUUUAUGGGGCAUUGCAAAAGAUUCUGGAAGUGGGGAGGGUAUGAAUUAAACACAUCCACACAGCACUUUGGUGUUUAGACCAGCACUGAAUGGGUUAAUGGCCCAACUUUCUCACCUCCCCUGUGGGACAACCCCUGUACUUUUAUCAAUAUUUCCCCUGGCUCCUUUUAUUAACUUUAAAGAAAACGUUUAAAGAAAUAGUUGACUGGCUUUAAAAAAAAAAAGGUUUUUAACAGUCUAGGUGGGACAGUGCUUUUAUAUGCUCUGUUUCCAGCACAGUUAAAUUCAGCGGAAUUUUAACUCUGUACAAACAGCUGAGUUUUAGCAUGAAUAAUUUGUUUUUGGUCUUUUUUUUUUUUUGGGUGGAUAGAAAGACACUUUAUUUCCAAUCUUUGUCCCCUGUUUUUGGGAAAGUGGGAGGCAAUAAUUCUUACACCUGCAGGAGGGGGGCAGUGACUGGUUGCCAGCUGGAGCAAGAGUAGUAAGAGAAAGAAUCCUGUCUGAAUUUGUCUGUCUUAAAUGUGCACACACCCUUUCUCUUGCGCCUCACCUUCCCCAGACCCGCCAUACCCCACCCCACUCCCAGGCAUUCAGAAUGCCUCUUAAGCUCAGCUUCACUGCUUCAGACAACCUGAGUGGAGGAGAAGCAAGCAGGUUCUAGUCCACCCUGUGAAACAUCAGAAUCUAGACAGUUGCCACUGUUCAGAGGGGUUCAUUCCUCUUGGUAAUAACUGUCGGGAAGGGGCAAAGUAUGUAUAGAAUUGAGAGCUGCUGGUGAGGUCCACUGACUGCAUCGGAUGCCACCAGCCCCAGCCCAAACUUCCAACUUCUGCUUUGCUGAUCCAAGGGUGUUUUCAGUCCAUGGGUGAAAACUCCAUUUCUCCAAUCCUGAAGGGCUCCACCCACCUGCUCUGUAUAUGUGUGAAAAUGACAAGAGGUGGGUAGCUAUCUAACCCUGAUGUAAAGGAGUUGAAGUUUGAAAACAGAAGUUCUGGACAGACUUGGGCAAGGUGGUGCAGUGCUGACAACGGAGAAAACCAUUUUAAUCUGCAGUUCCAGUGGGAAAUGAGAGGUGGCACUUGUCUUUUUUUCUGAGACAUGGAUGCAGAGGGAGCUGUGGCUCAAAAGGGUGUGGAGGGGAGGGCAGCUUGUUUUCCUCCCUGAAAUUGUUCUGGCUCUUCCCCUCUCCUUUCCAGUGCAAUGCCUCUUUGUGUUCUGUCUUCACCUACCCCACUCCAAACACACACUUUCUAUAUGCGCCAGUUUAGUUUCUUCUGUUCUCUUUCCAUGACUGGGGAGCAGAGCAGGCUUCUUUAGACUGAUAGACGAAUUAUAUAACACAUUCAGAAGCGCUGUCAGGAGCAGACAAGCUUUGCUUGUUGCUCCAACUCCUCAUCAUUCUCUUCCCACCAAGAAGCUCAUCAGCCCCCUCUGUGUUGGGUUGGGGAGAGGGGGAGUUAAGUACCCACCCACUCCCUGCCUUGGGGCAGGGGGAACACUUCUAUGUAAUCCAACAAGACUUGUUUCACUGAGAAAACAACCCUACUUCCUCUUUAACAGUGUGCUUUGUUGUAAACAUAUUUGAAACUAUUACCAAUAAAGUUUUGUUUAAAAAAAAUUGAAA